UCCCCCACCCCUUCUCCGAAUCAGAAAGUAAAUUCAAUUUCUCAAACCCUUUUAAAAUUCAAAUUCUGCCUCAAAUCCUUUCUCAUAGCUUUGAAUCAAUCUGUUUCCCGAUCAUAGAUUUCCUCUCGUUUUCUUCUCAAAAGCAAAAGAUGGCUUUGAGACCCAUAGAUAAUGCACUGCCCAUCUCUCCAGACAAUCCUAGACUCAAGAAACAUGCCAAGGUGUCGAUUCAAACCCAGAAAAGAGCUCCCGAGGUUGGCGUAAAUGACGAGAACAAAGCUCCUUUGCCGCAACCCGUCGAUGCUUCCGUCGAUUACAUCGCUUCCGAGAAUCUCAAACCCUUUGAAGACCCAGAAUCAAACAUCCAAAGCUUGGUUGAAGGGUUAGAUUCAAAGGAUUGGGUAACGGUUUGCGAGUCAUUGAAUUUUGUUAGGCGUUUCGCUAUAUAUCACUCCGAUUUACUGCUUCCAGUCCUAGAGAAGGUGAUUUUGGUGGAGGUAAAGGCAAUGAAGAACCCAAGGAGUGCUCUUUGCAAGACUUCGAUUAUGGCUGCUUCGGAUAUCUUCGGUUCCUUUGGUGAAAAGAUGCUUGAUUCUAGUGCAUUUGAUCAGUUGUUAUUGCAGUUGUUAUUGAAAGCUUCUCAAGACAAGAAGUUCGUGUGCGAAGAAGCCGAUAAGUCUCUGACGGCGCUGGUUAACUCCAUUGCUCCUUUACCUCUUCUUCAAAGGCUCCACGGAUUUGUUAACCAUGGCAACCUUAGAGUCCGAGCCAAAGCUGCAGUUUCCAUUUCCAAUUCCGUUUCAAAGAUGGGAUCCGAAGAAAUUGGAGAGUUCAGGUCGGUUUCGUUGCUACAAAUAGCUUCAGAUCUGUUGAAUGACAGAUUACCAGAGGCCAGAGAAGCACGAGAAGCAGCGAGAAGCAUCGUGUUUUCUGUAUACAAAACAUUUAUGGAAAACGAAAAGCCGAAUCCAGGGGAGGCUUGGCAAAGCUUUUGUGAGACGAAUUUGACAACCAUUCAAGCUCAGUCCAUGAUCAAAGUUAUUUCUUCUUCUUCACAGUAGAAUAAUGCUUUGAGAUUUGAAAUUCUGUCAUGUAAAUGCUGUUUUUACAUUAUUUCUGAGUAGAAAUGUCGAUGUUCUGGUCUGGUAUGGCCAUAGAACUCUUGUUUCCUCCACUUUGUUCUUUUUUUAGUGAUGGAAUAAUACACUAUCAGCCAAUU